AUGAACCCGGUUUCGGGUAACAAAAUUGCGUUGGAAUUGAGUUUUCCCGUUUCAAAAAUCAGUUUUGAAGUGAAAUAUGGUCGAAGUUUAUUUAUCGAUGGUGUAAUAUGGUAUGUUCAUAUUUAUAAUUGGUUUCAAACUUAAUUGAAAAGAAAAAAAAAUGAUUGUAGGAAGCUCGGAGUUUCGAAAAACACCGAGGGAAAUUAUGUGAUUUGCGUGGAUUUGAAAACAUUUAAAAGAAAAGGAGGAUGGAUGUGUAAAACACGUGGAGAAUUGUUGAAUGAAUCAGAAUCGUGUUAUAAAUAUUUAUCGAAUGAGAUUUCUCUUCAUCCAAAGCUCACAACAUUCAAUAUUUGUGAGAUAAUCUCUUCGAAAAUCGAAAAUAAUCAAAUAUCAGUGGAAGUUAGCCUCGAUUAUAUUUACUAUGAUUUUGAGAAAUCAGUCACUGGUUUGACUAAUAUUCGAAUUCACUGUGAAGAUUAUAAAUUUUUUUGUAACAGAAAUGUAGGGUUUUCCUCAUGACGUCACGUGUUUCUUUUCAAAAUUCAUCAUUUUCAGUUUUUAUCCACUCAUUCUGCAUAUUUUGCCGCGCGAUUUCAAAAAAUGGACUGGAAACAAAAAUGCUGUGUGCUCGAUUUAAUCAAUUUGACAACUUUUUUGCAUUUCAUGACAACUAUUCAUCCGGCUCAAGCUGAUAUUUCAGACGAAAACGUUGUUUUUCUGACGGAAGCUGCUGAAAAAUUGCAGUCGCCAUCUUUGCAUUUCAAAUGCCAACGAUUUUAGAUGGAGAAAUCUGGUUUGAGUGAAAUUAGAAAACUCGAAUUGGCCUUCAAAUAUGGAUAUGAGAAAUUUAUGGUAACUUAUUUUUUGUGUCAUUUUUUUUCAAUUUUAGAAGAAUUUCAGAUUCAACAAAUUGCUGGUUUGAAAUCUGCGAAGCAACUCAAAAAAUUCACCGAAAAACCGGAAUUUCAAAGUUUGCCAGAGUUAUGUAAAGUCAGAAUUCUUCAAGAAUUUGCAAAGUUUGUAUGAAUUUUCAAUGAAGAAAUAUUUGUUUGUUUUAUUUUUUGAUUUAUUUUGGUUGGCUUCCAUUUGUAUCUUGUUAAAGUUUUAUUCACAAUCAGGAAGCUUUUAAAUAUUUUAGAGAAAGCAAGAAAAAAUGAAUCCGCUAGCAAAAAGAGGCGAAUUUCAAUGGAAAGUGGAUAAUAUUCUGGACCUUGGCAUGAAAAUUAAAUACAGCGAUAUUUUCGAAAUUGGUGGAUUGAAAUGGUGAGUAAAAAUUUUCGAGUUUUCAAAAAAUCUUCCCAAUUGUUUUCUAGGAAACUUGGAAUUCAUCGAAAAAUGGGUGAUUUAGUUCUAACUGUUCAAAUCGUUCCAAAUAACAUGAGCAAUGGUUUGUGGCUUUGUAAACUUCGUGGAUUUCGAAAAAUGUUGAAACAAGAUGGAAAAUCUGAUCAUUAUAUACGAUCGAUUUCGCCGAACUUUUGCUUGAAUAAAUCGAAAUUUCAUGUUUGUUAUUCACCAUUUAAUGAUUGGAAUAUUAUGAAAACAGGUGGAUUUAUUAAAGAUGGAGCGAUUUUGAUUGAAAUUGAGUUGGAUUUUGUUUUUUAUCAUUUUGCUUUGCGAAUUGAUUCUAUAACUAAUAUGAUUAUUGAUGUUGAUGGAAUUGAAUUUCUAUGUAAUAGAGAUGUAGGUUAUCUUGUUAGGUUAUUUCUCUUUGAAUGGCUGAUUUGGCCGAAUUCCCGACAUUUCUCGGCCAGCGAAAUAAUUCGGCCACUUUUAUUUUUUCAGUUGCUGGCAGUUCACUCGAAAUAUUUUCAAGAAACUUUUCGAAAAAUGAAGCAAAUACCAAAUAAAAUUCUAGUGCAAAAUAUCGAAGCCACCGAAUUUCUUCAUUUUCUCGCCACGUUUUCACCAAUUCCAUUGGAAGUUUCAGGUUUGAAAUUUUUCUUGGUAAAAUAAAAUAGAAACUUUUUUUGCAGAAGAAAAUGUGAUUGGUUUGAUGAAUGUUGCUGAUCACUUACGUGUUCCAUCUUUACAUUACAAAUGCGAGCGAUUUUUGAUAAAUUCGGAAGAAUGUGGAAUUUCAGAUAUUGAAAAAGUCGAAUAUGCUUCGAAGUAUAAUUAUGAAACAUUGAUGGUAUGUGAUUUAAUGUUUGAAAAUGAAAAAAUAUAACUUUUUUGCAGAAAAUUCAAUUGAGCAAAUUCAAAACUGCUUCGGAAGUCAAGAAUUUCACAGAAAGUGAAGGAUUCGAGAAUUUGAGUGAUUCGACGAAACUCCGAUUUUUCAGAGAGAUGGCCAAAUUUGUUUGA